CGGGCCGCCCGCGAGAGUAGACACCUGUGUAGAAUUGCGCGUGCUGGCUGGAUAGAGGAACGCACAUCGAUCACAACAGCAAUAUGGACAAGUCGUGGGUAUCCAAGAGAAGUUCCGCAGCCACCACACUCCUGGCCCUGAUGCUGAUCGUCUGUCUGGUCGAGAGCGCCACAGAGCAAAGAAUUAACAGUAGAGGCAGCAAGUCCUCUAACCUUAUCGAGAAGGUCAACGGUUGGCGCAGCCAGCGCGGAGGUUCGUGCUUAAGUUACGGGCAUUCGUGCUGGGGAGCCCACGGCAAGAGGUCCGGGCGGCCGCCGGUCACCGCACCCGACUGGUAUCUCACCACCAUGCUCCGACGCAUGGCCUCCAACGCUGAACUGAACCGCGUUCGUCAGGCCUCAAACAACAACGAAGACCUUAACGCCAUCUUCCAGGUGGAGGUGCCAAACGACACGUCAAACGAAAAAGUCACAUCUGAUAACGAAGAAAUGCCAAUGGAGACAGGCCCCAAGACCCUAGAAGCCAAACCGAUGCUGGACGACGACCUAAUUUCCAAGAUCAAACUGUGGCAAAUCAUGAGAGAGGCAUCAGAAGAUAAGUAAUCCCUCGUAGUUAUCUAAAUAAAAUCGACUGACGUUAAGUUCACCUCAUUUCUUCCUAAUUUAUAUUUGAAAUGUUUCCUUUAUUUAUCAUUUAUAAUACUCUAAUUUAUACCAUAUACCUGUAAUUAACUAUGUCAAUUGUAAGGCUGGGUUGCAAUUGGCAAUUAGAUGUAAAGUAUAUAAAAAUAGGGUAAAAUGUGCCACUUCUAUGUAUAAUAUAAUUUUCUUCUAUUCCACUUAGCCUAUUACCAUUACUCUAAGUAAAUUCUGUAACUUAUAACUUCAGUUUUAUUACAAAUACAAUAUUUAUUUUGUCAUAAAUUUUGUAGUACUUUAAAUCUAAAUAUUUAUUUUGUAUAAAUUACAUAACUAAAAGUGUUUCUUUAUAUUACAUUCAUCUAAAACUGUAUACGAAAUCUAAACGCUUAGCUUUAGAUGUAUACUUCGAUUUUGUUAUAUAAAUUAUAUAAAUUCGCAUAGGACUGCACUAGUCAUGAUUGUUGAAUGUGUUAUUUAUAAAAUGUGGACCUGUGAAAUAUAGGGCAGAUUCAUU